UCAGGUGUGAACUGGUAUUUGAAGGAUUUACAAUAUUGCAGCUUUAGCUGUUUCUAAAUGAUAAAUACAGGACUGCAGAGCAGGGAAAGCAACUUAUUUUUGUUGACUAAUGCCCCUCUCAGGUGCUUUUACAGGUGCUGAUUUAGAGAUCUGGUGAAAGCACAGUAGACACUUGUACUUACUGGAAAGCUUUAUAAGGAGGGCCGGUAGUCUGAUACUGGGUCACUGCUGGAGCUGCUCUCAGAAUAUGGAGACAAAACGGAUUCACACCUGCACCGCUCUGCAGGCCAGCUUUGCGCUGAGGGCCGCCGUGCUCUCCAUCCUGCUGUGCGUCCCGCAGCUUGUCCUGUCAGAGUCAGAUGAGGUGGUCCUGACCGAGUGGGAGAUGUGGAAAAGCAGCCAUGGAAUAAGCUACGAUGAAUUAGACGACAUGCAGAGGAGAGCCAUCUGGGAGGACAACAAGCAGAAGAUUGAAGACCACAAUCAAGGGUUUCUCCUGGGGAGAAGAUCUUUUACUAUGGCCAUGAAUAAAUAUGGAGACCUUACGAGGCAGGAGUACCAAGUCCUGCAGGGCGCUGUGAUCAACCCCCAGUUUGCUAAAAGAGGAAAGGAAGUCUCAGCUCGAAGGCUACGUUAUAAUGCAAAGAAACGAGAUGCUGGGUUUGUUGACUACAGGAACAUGGGUUAUGUCACUGAGAUAAAAGAUCAGGGCUACUGCGGCUCCUGCUGGGCUUUCAGCACCACAGGAGCAAUAGAGGGACAGAUAUUCAAGAAGACAGGCCAUCUUGUCUCUUUGAGUGAGCAAAACCUGGUGGACUGCUCCAAACCGUAUGGUACCCAUGGGUGCAAUGGUGCCUGGAUGGCCAACGCCUACGACUACGUUCUGAGCAACGGGCUGCAGGCGACAGACACCUACCCAUACACCUCUGUGGACACACAGCCUUGUUUCUAUGACAGCCGGCUGGCCAUCGCUCACAUCAGAGACUACAGGUUCAUUCCCAAAGGAGACGAGCAGGCUCUGGCUGAUGCUGUGGCAACCGUAGGUCCAAUCACCGUGGCCAUCGAUGCUGAUCAGUCAAGCUUCCUGUUCUACAGCUCAGGAAUUUACGAUGAGCCCAACUGCAGCCCAGACCAUCUGAGUCACGCGGUGCUGCUGGUUGGCUACGGCUCAGAGGAAGGCCAGGACUACUGGAUCAUCAAAAACAGUUGGGGAACCAGCUGGGGUGAGGGCGGCUACAUGCGGAUGAUUCGGAAUGGCAGGAACACCUGUGGGAUUGCCAGCUAUGCCCUGUACCCAGUUGUGUAGAGUUGUGAGCUCAAGAACAUAUUAGUCGGGGCUCGUAAAAUGAAAAUGAGCUGAUAAUCUUGGGUCAGUCAUGCUCAGUCUGACGUGUUUGUUUAUACUCCUACACUAGUCUGUCACAGUGAACAGUUUCUCAGGGAUGUAAAACACAAGUUUAAAAUAAAACAAACAUUUUAACCACAAAAAUUAGGUUUUGUAACUUUGGACAUGAGUAAAAUCACCCGCAUGAUAAUAGACGUGAACAUCUGGAUUUCCUUUAGUAUUAAUCAGUAGCUCCAAGGUUGUUUCACUGACGUGACAGGAACUCAUCUUCUCAUCUCUAGUAAUGGGAACACAUUACUUCUCACCAUAGACUGAGCUGCUGCUGCAUGACCAGAAGAGGGUAACUGCUGACAUCUUCAUUAAAAUCUGGGCCACAGAUUUCAUUUGUUUGAGUGAUGCUUGAAUAAUAUUAAGCAGUUACAUUAACAGAGAUUGAUUGAAAAAACAUAUUUGGAAAGUUGGGAUUAUUUGGCAUUCCAUCCCAGGGACCAGGAAUUGAUGGUGCAUUCAAUUUAGACUUUGAAAUAGAAAUUUCUGCAUUCUAAGUCUGAAAAAUCAACUGGAAUUUCUCUUUAAUUUGGAAUUUUGAUAAGUUUGGUGGAAGUUUUCUCACCAGUCCGAACCUGAGAAUCCAACAUGGCUGCCACACACAAAAACGUGGUGCUUGCUUUAUAUUCAGUCAUGUUACAGUUGAUUUCCAGCAUAAACCAUCAGUUCUGACCAGUGAGAUAAGAUAAGAUAAGAUAAGAUAAGAUAAGAUAAGAUAAGAUAAGAUAAGAUAAGGGGAAAAAUAAAGGGGAUGGGAAAUAAUUGGCAGGAAGAAAACCAUAAAACAGGACAAAUGAAAAGUUGCUGUCACUGUUAGCUACUAACAGAACAAAUUUAUUUUUCCAUUUUCCAGGAAAUAUGAUCAAUGAAAACAAACAUUUUUAGGAAAUUAUAGGGAAUGAUUAUAGAUGAUUAUAGUGAAUAAUGAUGAAAAAUAAGUGCAUUAUCUCAAGUAUCCUCUGUGGGUGUUAUAGAUAAACUUAUGAACUGUUAAAUUUAGUUUUUAUAGCUUUUCCACAGAGCGGCUGUUCAGUACGUUACAGAAUCUCACCUUCCUUCAUCCAACAUACAUUGUGUUUUUUAUUACCCAACUGCUAAAUAAAAUUUCAGCUACAUUUUGUGACAUUGAAUUAUUUUAAUUUUAGUUUAUAUGAAAUUCUCAUGAUUAAAACAUUUUUAUGUUUUUGUUACCCUGGUUCAGAUGAGAAGUGGGAAAAUGUAAUAAAAAGUUGUUGUAUAAGUUCUUAGUUUUAUAUUUGUCAAGUUUAUUUAAC